GCUUCAUGCUUACGGCUCUACGGAAGCCGCGUUUGGUCAUAGUUCCCCGGCUAUUGGAAGAAAAUGGUUCCCACGUGUUACUAAUAUAUACACUGUCUUCGCAUCUGAAGCGAUUUUGAAUCUAGUGGCGGACUGGAAGCUUUCUAAUAUGGCUGAACGAGAUCUUUCAAUGACGAAUCAACUGGACAGUGUGCUUAGUGCGCUGUACGAUUUUGGUGAUGAUACUGUGCCUCGCAAGAAGAAAAAAACGCAAAGUGUACAGAAAAUCCAAGAGAAUCCAGCAGCACCAAUAUCAAAUGAGAGUGAAAAAGUGGAUUUAGAGUUGAAUGUUGCUGUUCCCACAACAUGCUCCAACCAUAGGAAAAGAAAUGUAUCCAUGUUCUUCGACUCAUUAAAAGAGGAAUUGUAUGACAAGACAGAUUCCAAAGAGGUUCCUUCCACAGUUGCUACUAGUAAUCAGUGUUCAGAGAACAAUAUUGAAGUUGUGACAUUCAGAAGCAGGAAGAAAAUCAAAUCACAAAUUGAACCAGAGAGCAUCUCAGAGACAGUCUUGGAAGACAAGGAACGAGAAGAAAAUGUGCAAAAUGGACAAACAUUUAAUUUUGAAAAGGCUCGCCUGGAAAUUCACAAGUUUGGGAUCACAGGCUACAGAAAAGAAAAGCAAAGAACAUUUGAGCAAGAAAGGGCAAUCAUGCUGGGUGCUAAGCCACCUAAAAAAGAAUAUCUCCAUUACAAAUUAUAUCAAGAGAAGCUCAAAGAAAAAGAAAAAAUCAAGCAAGAAGAAAGCACAAGGGAAAAGACUUUGGAUCCUUCUAAAAAGAAGCAAAGGAGAAGACAAGAAUCAAAAAAGCCCAAAAAAGGCUCAUCAUCAGGGGCCAUUGUUCCAGCUGGUCAGGUUGGCAGGUUUAAGAAUGGUGCGCUAAUAUUGAGCAGCCUGGACAUUAAGAAGAUUAAGCAAUCCAAAUUCCGCAAAUAACUCUUUCUGUGAUGGAGCGCCUUACUCUUUGGGCAAUAAGAAUAUAAAAGAAAAAACUAGUGGAUCACUAAGGUACAGUAUAAUCGUUGGACUUCUCAGCCGGGAAUACUUGAAGUUUUAUCAUGAGAAGGAAGAGAUCCCCUACUGCCAAAUGAGAAAUCAUGCAGAAGUAUCUGCCCAACAGUUGGAUUGGCUGCUUUCUGCAGUGGCACAUGUAACUGAGUAAUGUUUAUAAAAAAAAUUUGAAGUAAAUAAGGUGGAAACCAUGUUUUUCAGAACUA